AUGAAUAUAUCGCGAGAGCCAGACGCAGAGCAGUACUGCUACCCAGCAUCUAACAGAACAUGCACUAAAUACAUCCACAGUGCUGCAGCCUACGCUGCCCUCUAUGCGUUCUUUGCCUUGGGGUCAGCUGUCACUGUAACAGGGAACUUGGUGGUAUUGGUGUCCAUUGCACAUUUCAGACAGCUGCAUACACCAGCAAACAUGUUGAUCAUGUCCUUGGCAAUGGCUGACUUACUGGUAGGGAUUCUCGUCAUGCCUUUUAGUGCAAUACGGACCAUUGAAGGCUGCUGGUACUUUGGGGAGGCCUUCUGCCUGCUGCAUUCAACUUUUGACAUGCUCCUGACAUCCGUCUCUAUCUUCCACCUGAUUUCCAUUGCUAUUGAUCGAUACCAGGCCGUGUGCAAUCCUCUUCGCUAUCCCACCACAAUAACCAUCCCUGUGGCAUGGCUCAUGGUAUUUCUCAGCUGGGGAGCUGCUGCUGCCUAUUCAUACAGCCUCCUUUACACAAAAGCAAAUGUGGGGGGCCUGGAAGAAUAUAUUGCCUUGAUAAAUUGCUUGGGAAGUUGCAACCUGUUGUUCAAUGCAUUGUGGGGAGUCCUAGAUUCUUUAGUAGGAUUUUUCUUACCAUGUUCGGUUAUGAUGGGUCUUUAUGCUAAAAUAUUUUUAGUUGCCAGACAGCAUGUUAGACGUCUUGGGGACAACAGCCACCAAGCACACAUGAAUACGGAAAACACCAUCAGAAAGAAUCACAGUUCGGAGCGAAAAGCUGCAAGAACUCUUGGCAUAGUCAUGGGGGCUUUCUUUCUUUGCUGGAUGCCUUUCUUUAUAAACUCAAUUAUUGACCCCUAUAUUAAUUUUGGCACUCCUUCAAUUGUCUUUGAAGUGCUUGUCUGGUUGGGUUAUUUCAAUUCCACUUUAAAUCCGAUUAUCUAUGCCUUGUUUUACCCAUGGUUUCAAAAGUCACUGAAAUUUAUUGUAACUAUGAAGAUUUUCACUCCUCAUUCCUCAGAUUUUAAUGUUUUUCCUGAAAGAUGA